UAGAUGUUUUAGUUGUCAAAAUGAAGCUAUUGGGUAUUGUAUUGUUCCUGACAGUGGUGGGCUGCACGUUGGCAGCGGGACCGGGUAUGGCUCGCUAUGACGAUUUCAAAGUCUAUAAAAUCUACAUCAGAAAUGAACAACAGUUGAGUCAGCUGAAAAAGUUCAGAGAUACUUUGCCGAUCCGUUACUUAAAUGAAAUAACUUCGGUGGACAAGAAUUACGAUGUCACCAUUGAUCCGCUGAAUCAAGCUAAAUUUGAAAAAGAAUUGAAAUACUACGACAUGGAAUAUCGUGUUACAAUUGAGGAUUUACAAAAAGUAAUUGAGGACAGUUUGCCCAGGGAACGCAGUACCCGCAGCACUGACAGCACAGCAAUGACAUGGGAUAAAUUCCACAAUCUGGAUGAUAUUUAUGGUUUUGUAGACAAUUUGACUGUGUCCUUUCCCAAUCUCAUUACACCCUACACCUUUGGUUAUUCCUACGAGGGAAGACCCAUGAAGGCUGUGAAAAUUUCCUACAAACCCAACAACAAAGCCAUUUUCAUUGAAAGUCAAAUGCAUGCCAUCGAAUGGAUUUCCUCGGCUACCAGUACCUGUUUCUUCAAUAAACUACUCAACUCACAGGAUGAAAGUAUGCGAAAGCUGUUGAUGAAUUACGAUUGGAUAUAUGUGCCGAUUGUGAAUCCUGAUGGAUUUGUUUAUACCCAUACCGUGGAACGGUUGUGGCGCAAAAAUCGUAAGCCAACCGGUUUUUCAAAUUCAUCAGGUAUCUGUUAUGGCACUGAUUUGAAUCGUAAUUUUGGCUAUGAAUGGGGUGCCCAGUCGGCAUGGAAUUUCAAUGAGCCCUGCGACCAUUGGUAUGGUGGUGCUAAACCCGACUCAGAACCGGAAGUUCUGAAUUUACAAGCCUUCAUUAACUCCUUCCCGGAUGAUUACAUUAAAAUGUAUGUGCCAUUCCAUUCCUAUGGAAAUUUGAUUCUACUGCCCUACGGACAUACUAGUGAUAUUUUCCCACCAAACUAUGAUCAGAUGAUGCGUAUUGCCAAAGCUUUUGCCGAUGCAGCUAAGGUGAAAUAUGGCACCGUAUUUAAAUAUGGUUCAACGGGAACAAUUAAUUUAUCUGGCUAUGUUUCUGGAGCCUCCAAGGACUGGGCAUACGGUGUCAAACAGAUACCCUACACUGGUACCAUUGAGUUGCGUGACUACGGUGAAUAUGGUUUCUUCUUGCCACCCAAUCAAAUUAAAGAAGUUUGUGAGGAGGUAACCGAUGGUCUUAUUGCCAUGGUAGCAGCUGCCGAAAAAGAAGAACUUUUCCGUAAUUCUGGUCCCAGAAAUGUGAUGUCAAUUGUCAAUGCUGUGAUGUUGUUGUGUCUAUUGCAAUUUGUUAGCAAAAUUUUAAUGAAAUAAAAUAAAUAAUAAAUUAAGAUUUUGUAAA